AUAAAUAUAGUAUUAUUCAAAAGAGGGGAUUUUUCAUUAAUAUUUCUUUUUUCCCGUCUUGGAAGGUGUAUUUGUAUAAGUAGUUGCACUGUUUUUUUGUAUUUUUUUUUAUAUAUUUAGCAGUUGCAUCUUACAGAGAUAUAAUUACACUAAUGUUGUGUGUAUUUAACCUCUAUAACGGCUAGUUUAAGACUUUGUUUUUUUGUUAACAGGAUAGAGCGGUGUUGUCUGAUUUAGAACACUGUUUACUUUUAUUGUUUUUAAAUAUUUUUGGAGGAAGGAAAAAUUUUGCAGGAAGAGAAGAUGAGCUACAACAAUGGCAGUGACAUGUGGGAUUGGCGAGGUCAGGUUUAUUCUCUUGAAGAUCACACUAGCAUAGCAUCUAAAUCCCUUUUGAAUGAAGUGGAACACAAUGUAGAUCAUAUCUCUUAUAUGUUUGACAAUGAGACUACCCCGGUCAAGGCUUGCGGAGACGUAGCUUAUUAUGUUUCCAACAAUGAGACGACAGGGAAAGAGUCGGAGCUAUACAGGGAACACUCCUCUCAAGUGAAAAGGCGCAGGAUGCUACAGUUUGAGUCCGAAGUCUUGGAAACACCCCUUUGCAACGAGGAGCUUUUGAGAUCUAAGGAGACACAACAGACUCUUGAAGCUGCUAUUUCAGACAUGUCACAGUGGGUUGCUGGUUUCACAGAUGGCAUGCCUGCAGCCAGCACCGAGUGCUUGGAUCCUUCAUCUGAAGGGUGGAUCACUGACUGCUUCAAUGAGGCCGAGAUGCACCUCUGCAACGAAGAUUUCACUAGUGCAUGUGAAGCACCCGACGUUCAAAUUGAUGUUACGGAGCUUUGCAAAACUGCUCCUGAAAUUGAAGCUAAUCUGGUCGAGAACAACCUUACUACUCCUCGAAACAUUGUCUUUAAAGGUACAAAAUCAUUCAUGCGCACACCUCCUAAACUGGCAUCAUCCGUGAUCUAUCCGUUCACGUUCAUCAAACCAUGUGGUGUUCUUGGAGACACGACUCUUAAGGACAUAAACCAGAGGAUACACAAUCCGCCAAAGCCUAAACCAGAAGAAGAUGAUCCUAGUGCUGCUUAUCCCACAUCAGCAUUCUCCGGGAAACCUGUUGUUGGGAAGACUAAAAUCCACACUGAAGGUGGAAAGGGCAGCAUCACAAUCAUGAGGACGAAAGGGUAGACUGCUCGUUUCUCACGAGGAACAAGCUGCAGCUCUUGAGGUCAGUUCCCAACUGGUUUCUCAAGUUGGACACAUAUUAUGAUGUUUUAUACUGGAGGAUCUUCACCUAUAGUUGAUCCUUGUUUUCUCAUUCUCUUUAGAGGAAAGCUACUUCAGUUUUCGUCGUUUUUUAUGCGAAAAAACCAUGUUAUGAAACUUGAACGUUGAGCUCUUUAUCAACCCAUUGAUGUUAAAGUUACAGCUUUAUCAAAAUGAUAGGCAAUAUGUAAAAGUAUUUAUACUUGAUGCUGCCAAUAUGAUCUAUAUAUCAUUCUCUCUUUUUUUUAAA